AUGGCUUGGACGGAGACAACCUCCGCAAAACCUCCAACCUCCGCAAAACCGCCAUGUUUGGGUAAGGGAGGUCCACCGACCCUAAGCGAGUUACGCAAAAUGGUGAGGAGUCGGCAAGAGAAAGUGAAAGCCGGCAAUGAUGAUGAUGAUACAAAUGUGGAGGUGAACGCCGAGGAAAAAGAGAAGAAAGAGAUUCCGAAAGACCAAGAGGAGGAGGAAGAAAAGGACCAAGAGAAGGAUGAAGUAAAAGACCAAGAGGAGGAGAAUCCGAAAUACCAAGAGGAGGAGGAAGAAAAGGAACAAGAGGAUGGGGAAGAUGAGGACCAAGAGGAGGAGAAAGAAAAGGAACAAAAGGAGGAGGAAGGUGAGGAACUUGAGGAGGAGGAAAAUGAGGAACAAGAGGAGGAGGAGGAAGGUGAGGAACAUGAGGAGGGGGAAGAUGAUGAUGAACAGGAGGCAGAAGACGAUGAUGAACAGGAGGCGGAAGAAGAUGUAGACUAUCGAAGCCAAGCUAUACCACCAGAGAAGUUGUACUUUGAACCCGAUAUGUUUAAUAUCAACAUCAAGCUGUCAGGAAGAUGCUACAUUGAGAAGGUUGUGAAAACAUUAGAAAAGGUGCUAGAUGAUAGAGAGUUGAGGUGGUUCAAAACGCACCCUCAGUUCAAGCACUUCUUCCACAUAUUGAACUGUCGAAGCUACCCUAAGAACUACGAAAGGUUAGGUGGUGACAGUAGUAAGUUUGUUGAAAAGUAUUUUGGUGAAGGGAAGAAGAAAGUAACAUUGAAGGAUGUAGAUGAGAAGAUGGAGUCAAUGAAAUCAAGUAAAGUGAGAGGUAGGAUGAAUAUUGCUGUCCUUUACUUCUUAGCCAACAUAAUUGUUGGGAAGACGAAGACAGGUAAUACUGCUGCAGGUGUAGAGCCUUUCUUUUUGAGAGCGGCUAGUGAUUUAGAUUUGUGUGAAACAUUUCUGAGGGGACGAUUUGCAUUUGAUCAGAAUAUGAAGGACAUUCGCAAUAUAGUGAAGAAUUUAAAUGGGAAUGUGCCUGAAGGUGCGAACAAAGUGUUUCCUAGUUUCAUUAUUCCUAUGGAGCUACUAGCUUAUGAGGCAAUUCCAGCCCUUGGUAGACAUUUUAGAGAAACUGUUGUAGAAGCCGUGGAUAGCUGUCCAAGGAUGUGCAAGAGCAGGUUCAAGAAAGGAGAUUUGAAAGGUUUUGCACUUUCGAAAAUAAAUUCUCAACUUGGUGCAACAAAGGAUAUUCAUAGUGUGUUGGCUCCAUCGAAUGAUGAGAAGCAAUUGCUGGCUCUCAUCAUGGACGAUGAAGAUAUAGACCAAGAUGUAGCGGAUUAUGUUGUUGAUGGUUGGAAAUCGAUUUGCUGGAGGAGAAAAGUGAAGAGAAGAACAGAAAUCAAGAAGACGAAGAGAAUCGUCUUAAUUAACUACUUUGAUGCAGAUUACCAUGGCGGUGGUGAGGAGGCAAAUGAUGGCGCUGGUUGUGCUGGGAAGAAGCAAACAGAAGGAGAGAAUGUGGAAGAGAAUGUGGAGAAGGAUAAAGAAGAGAACGAGGCAGGAGCUGAUGUGGAGAAGGAUAAAGAAGAGAAUGAGGAAAUAGACGGAGAAGUGCCAACCCGUGUAACUAGGACUCUUGGACGAACAAGGAAAAAAUCACAAUACAAACAAACCCCUUUUACAGAAGAUAAGAAAGGGAAGAAAAGGUCAACGAAGGAUGAAAAGAAGAAGGGAGCUCCCAAAGGAAAAAAACAAAAGACUUAG